AUGCAGGGGGUGGGAAAUCCCGGUCGGACCGGGGCGAACUCAAGUCUAGGGCAUACCGCGACUGCCCAGUGCAUAGCACGCAUUCUGCGCGAAUACAGGGAGAUCCAACGGACUCCGUCUCCCCACUGGUGCACGAAACCGCUUCAGGUUGAUGAGCCAUAUGAGUGGCAUUUUACGCUGCGUGGUCCAAAGGAUUCCCACUUCGAAGGAGGGUUGUACCAUGGACGCAUUGUCUUACCGAAGAAUUACCCUUUUGCCCCGCCGAGCCUCGUGAUGCUUACUCAGAAUGGUCGGUUUGAGGUUGGGAAGAAGGUCUGUCUGAGCGCCAGCAGCUACCAUCCAGAGCUUUGGCAGCCAGCAUGGGGUAUCCGAACCCUCCUUGACGCUCUGUGCGCCUUCUUCCCGACUCCAGCUGGUGGCGCCCUUCAUUCACUUGACAAGCCGGAGAAAGUACGCAGGCAGCUGGCGCUCGAAUCAGUCACCUGGGCCUGCCCGGCGUGUGGAAAAUCAAACAAAGAGCUCGUCGAGGAGGCUUGCGCUGCCCCAUCCAGUGCGCUUCCAGAUUUACCGGAGCCUCUUAGGCAACAAGCUCAGCUGCGCACCGACCAGGGAGUCUGUGCUUCGCCUGCCCCUGCGACAGAGGAGAGCUGCGAGUCACCCGAGCUUGCUCGUGGGGGAUGCGCACCGGCGGCUGUUGUUCAGCCCGGCAGAGGGGUGGCUGGUCCAGGCGUUGUUUCUAUCAGCGAGAGUACGGAGGCCACCGGCCUCCCACGAGCUAACUCGCGGGAAGAUUCUCCGGCGCAUCGCAGGCGCCCUCAAAGGGGACACCGGACUCUGAUGGCUCAGCUGUUUCAGGUUCCGUUUACAAGAGGGGAGUUCAUCGUGGCGGCAGCCGAUGUCGUUUUGCUCCUUCUAGUAUUGGCGUCUGUACUACUGCUUGCUGAUCUACUUGUGAAUCCUCCGAAUGUGACAUUUUGGCCUGAAAACCUACCCAAUGACCGAAAAGAUUGA